GUUCAACCCGCCCGCCUUCUGGAGGGCAGGAGAAACAAGAUGGCAGAUCAACAAGACAAAACGGACUUGUCUUAGUUAACCAACUUUCCCCACUGUUGAUUUUUCUACACAUUUCAAAUAUACAAUUAGCUAGCCAAAGCAAUCUAGAGCAAACGCCUCUUAUGGUUGAUAUAUCAGCUACUUUAGCGAGAUUUCACAGGUUAUCUGAUUGCGAACUGCCGUUAGACUGCUAGCUAAGCUAAGCUAGCUUGUUUCUGUCUGGUCGGAAGCGGGGGUGAGACUGCUAGCUAAGCUAGGCUAGGCAAGCUUGUUUCUGUCUGGUCGGAAGCGGGGGUGAGACUGCUAGCUAAGCUAGGCUAGGCUAGCUUGUUUCUGUCUGGUCGGAAGCGGGGGUGAGACUGCCAUCAUGCAGGACCUGAUAGCCACCGUGGACCACAUCAAGUUUGAUCUAGAGAUAGCUGUGGAGCAGCAGCUGGGGGCUCAGCCUCUCCCUUUCCCCGGGAUGGACAAGUCCGGGGCUGCUGUGUGUGAGUUCUUCAUGAGAGCGGCCUGUCUCAAAGGUGGGAUGUGUCCUUUCCGUCACAUCAGUGGGGAGAAGACAGUGGUGUGUAAACACUGGCUCAGAGGACUCUGUAAGAAGGGAGAUCAGUGUGAGUUUCUACACGAGUACGACAUGACCAAGAUGCCCGAGUGUUACUUCUACUCCAAGUUCGGAGAGUGCAGUAACAAGGAGUGUCCGUUCCUCCACAUCGACCCAGAGUCUAAGAUCAAAGACUGCCCCUGGUAUGACAGAGGCUUCUGCAAACAUGGUCCAGACUGCAGACACCGCCACACCAGAAGAGUGAUCUGUAUGAACUACUUGGUCGGGUUCUGUCCAGAGGGCCGGUCCUGUAAAUUCAUGCACCCGCGGUUUGAACUGCCAAUGGGAGCCACCGAACAGCCUCCUCUACCAGCACAGAUACUGGGUCACCAGAAGCCGUUGCCUUCGCUCGGCCGCUCGUCCCUGUCACUCAUCCAGCUGACCAAUCCCGGUGGAGGGGCGGGCCCUCACCAGCAUCAACACCAUCAACGCCAGCCGUACUCCUCCGGUCCCAGCAUGCAUCAGCACCACAACAACAUGGGAGGAGGGAACAGGGGGCCGCGCCCACUAGACCAGGUCACCUGCUACAAGUGUGGUGAGAAGGGUCACUACGCCAACAAAUGCACCAAAGGACACCUGGCCUUCCUCAGCGGACAGUAACGUUCUCACAGCCCCGUGGUUCCCGUGGUUGGACUCAUUUCAGCUGGAAGACAACGAGAGCAGAGCCACAAA